CGGCACCGCCGCCGCCGCGAGGGAAAGAUGCUUCGGCUGUGGGGGGCGCCCUGCGGGGCGUUGCUAAGGAACCGGGGCUUCCGCCUGCCCACCCCGACGGGGGCCUCCGAGGCCCGGUUGAGUUCCUGUCCUUGGAGCCGGCUCUCCCUGAGGCGAGAGCAGUGUCAUGUUGCCUCUGAGGCAGCUUUGCGGUCUGGAGUGACUGCCACGUCUGCCCCCACGAAAGCCUCUGAGAGGGUUCUGGGCCGCUGGCUGUUGGUCUGCAGUGGAACCGUGGCUGGAGCCGUUAUUCUUGGUGGGGUGACCAGGUUAACAGAGUCUGGCCUCUCCAUGGUGGAUUGGCACUUGCUGAAGGAGAUGAAGCCGCCUACAACGCACGAGGAAUGGAAAGCGGAGUUCCAAAAGUACCAGCAGUUCCCCGAAUUUAAAAUCCUGAAUCGUGACAUGACCCUCAGAGAAUUCAAGUUCAUCUGGUACAUGGAGUACUCGCAUCGCAUGUGGGGGCGGCUUGUGGGCUUAGCCUACAUCCUCCCCGCUGCCUUCUUCUGGAGGAAGGGCUGGCUCACCCGCGGCCUGAAAGGACGUGUUCUCGCGCUCUGUGGCUUAGUUUGCUUCCAGGGCCUGCUCGGGUGGUACAUGGUGAAAAGCGGGCUGGAAGAGAAGCCGGAUUCGCACGACAUACCUCGGGUCAGUCAGUAUCGCCUGGCUGCCCACCUGGGCUCAGCACUCGUGUUGUACUGUGCCAGCCUGUGGACUGGGCUCUCCCUGCUGCUUCCUCGCCACAAGUUGCCGGAAACCCGCCAGAUCCUCCAGCUGAGACGGUUUGCUCAUGGGAUAGCUGGCCUCGUCUUCCUUACAGCAAUCUCAGGAGCCUUUGUGGCGGGCCUGGAUGCGGGGCUCGUGUACAACUCCUUCCCCAAGAUGGGGGAACGCUGGGUCCCGGAAGAUCUCUUCACCUUCUCCCCGGCCCUGAGGAACGUCUUUGAGAAUCCCACCACGGUCCAGUUCGACCACCGGGUCCUGGGAAUCGCCUCGGUCACAGCCAUCACAGCGCUCUUCUUCCUGUCUCGGAAAGUCCCCCUCCCUCGCAGGACCAAGAUGGCCUUGGCCUCCUUAUUGGCAGUGGCGUAUACACAGGUUGGCCUGGGCAUCAGCACGCUCCUGCUGUACGUCCCCACCCCGCUGGCCGCCACCCACCAGUCCGGCUCCCUGGCUCUGCUCAGCGUGGCCCUGUGGCUCAUGAACGAACUCCGCCGGGCCCCGAAGUGAGCCUCGGAAUCUUUCGCACCUAAGACCAGCGGGAACUCAGACGAGGAAGCCGGCGGAUACCAAAAAUCGGAUUUAUUUUUAAAAAACUUUUAAAAAAUCUUGUAAAAUAGAGGAACCGACAUUAAAGGUGUUUGUUGAAAUGU